AUGGUCUUGAACCGACCUCACGCUCUUUUGGCUGCGGCCACCCUUUUGCAGUUCACCUCUGCCUCCAUCGCCGCCCCCCCGGCCGGUGAGGAGGUGGUUGUGACCAAGACUGUCACCAAUACUCACACCAUCUGCCCCGCAACAACCAAGCCUCCCGUCUGCUCCCCAUCAGGAGGUCUUAUUGACAAGAUUGGCGAUACGAUCGGCGACAUCAUUCCUGGCAUUGGAGGUGAGGGAUGGGGCAACAACAAGCCCCAGGACCCUAAGGAGGAUGCCGACCUGUGGCAGAGCUGGCUCGACAGAAUGAGCAAGGAUGCUGCUGAUAUCGCCUCGUCGAUCGGGCACGCGAAGCCUACCUGGGGUGACUGGAAGCCCACUCCUACGGGCGAUGACGGCCCUGGCCCUACCGGUGGCUCUUCCACCACCUCCGGCUCCGGCACCAACCCAACAAAUCCCUCCGGCUUCGCGAAAGAGUGCACAGAACCUAUCAAAGGCAAGCCCCAGAACAAGUGCAACAAGGCUGGCAGCCGAUCCAAAUGGUGCGACGGCAAGUCCAUCGACUCCGACUACUACAAGGACUACGACUCUGGCAACACUUGCAAGUACACUCUUGAGAUCACCAACACCACCCUCAGCUUCGAUGCUGGCCCACAAAUCUCCUUUGCCGUCAACGGCCAGACCCCAGGUCCCGUCAUUGAGUGCAACUGGGGUGACUGGGUUGAGAUCAAGGUCAUCAACAAGCUCCAGAACAACGCCACCACCAUCCACUGGCACGGUAUCCACCACAAGGGCACCAACGACCAGGACGGUGUUCCCGGUGUGUCUGAGUGCGCUGUUGUUCCUGGUGGCUCUCGCACCUACGCUUUCCGUGCCAGCUCCUAUGGUACUGCCUGGUACCACUCUCACUUGCUCGCUCAGUACGGUGAUGGUAUCCGUGGUCCCAUGAUCAUUCACGGUCCCGCCACCGCUGACUACGACAUUGAUAUGGGCCACGUCAUGGUCACCGACACCUUCCCUGCUGGCACUGCUUUCGCUCAGGCUGACCGCAUUGCCCACUUUGGCCAGGCUGGUCUCGUCACCAACAACUACCUGCUCAACGGUAACAACAAGUCUCCCUCCGCUGGCACUGGCAAGCACACUCUCUGGUCUGUCCAGAAGGGCAAGAAGCAUCUGUUCCGUUUCAUCAACGGUGCUGCCAUGGAGAUGUACUCGAUCCGCUUCGAUAACCACAAGAUGAAGGUCAUCGCUGCCGACUUUGUGCCCAUUGAGCCCUAUGAGACUGAAUGGCUCAACAUCGCCUGCGGUCAGCGCUACGAUGUCAUCGUCGAGAUGGACCAGCCCUCGUCCAACUACUUCCUCCGUGCUGUUACCCAGACUUCUUGCCCUUCGACCCCUGUUAACGAUGGUCUGGGCUUCGCCAACGGUAUCAUCCACUACGAUGACUCCGUCCUGGCUCUGCCCAACUCCACCUUUGGCAACCGCACCAAGGCGUCCUUUGCUACCUGCGUUGACGAGCCCAUUGGCAAGCUGGUGCCCCACCUCAAGAAGACCGCUGGCUCCGUUGAGCUGUUCACCGAUGGCCAGAAGGCCCUCCCUGCUGGUCGCAUUGCUCAACCUGGUACCAACAACAACUCUGUUGUCCAGUGGUUCUUGAACAACCAGCUCAUGGACAUCAACUACACCCAGCCCACUCUCCAGACCCUCGCCCAGAACCCCGCCAUUGUUGACAGUGUUGAGGCCACCAACGGCUCCAGCAUUGUCCGCAACUCUGUCGUUCUGCACCAGAAGGGCAAGUGGUACUACUUCAUCAUCCGCAACCUGUUCUUCGCCUCUCACCCCAUGCAUAUCCACGGCCACGAUCUUUCUCUUCUUGGCCAGGGCAACGGUGACCCGGUCAUCGCCAACCUGAACUUCGUCAACCCCAUUCGUCGUGACACCAUCAUGCUCAACGGCUCUCCCGGUCCCGCACAGGGUGGCGGCCCAGCCGGCUACUCGGUCAUCGGCUUCGAGUCCGACAAUCCAGGUGCCUGGCUGAUGCACUGCCACAUCGUGUGGCACGUUGAGGGCGGCAUGGCGCUGCAGUUCAUCGAGGCACCCAAGGACAUCAAUGCCGGCAAGUACGCCGACAAGUCCGAGUUCAAGUCCGAGUGCGCCGCCAUGACCACCUACGACGCCAUCCCGGGCAACAAGAAGCCAGAGGGCACCUCCGGCCUCAAGCGCGGCCUCGAGGACAUGGUGAACGCCGAUGUCGUCCGUCGUGACAUGAGCCGUCAUGCUCACGCCCACCGCAGCUUCUAA